CAAAUAGAUUAUAUUAAAGGCUAAUGCAGAAUCUACCGUAGCCUCAGAAUAUGUAGAUUCAGAAAAUAUACUUUUCUUUUUAUGAAAGUUCCAAUACUACUAAAUUAACUUUAAUGGUUUCGGGAUAUUAAAUUGCAUUAAUAUAAUUAAAAAAAAUGUUAGAACAGUUAUAAGGGUAUAAUAAUGGAAACAACACGAAUAUAACUUAUUAAAUCAUUACAAGUUCAUACAGAAUCGUCGGAAUUGAAUAAACGGUUUAUGUGAAUAAAGAGUGUUAAAUCCGGAUAUUCUACCGACUCAAAUUACCACUUGACCUGGGACACACUGUACCUAUACCGCGAUUGUAACACGCGCAAGAAGGGGAACAAUUUAAACUUUACUUGACUACAACGUUGCCAAUUUUGCUCAUUUAUGAUCAGAUUUUAAGCGUCUAUGUUUGAAAUUUAUAUUAGAUAGCACCAACGCAAAAUACAAUAUUUUUAAUGUUUGAAAAUUAUCAAAAUGGGUCCAUUGCCUAAUUAAAAAACCUAAAGAUCUUAACGCUUCAGCUCUCUUAUUCUUAACAUGAGAUGAAUAAUUUAAUUUAUUAUCAUACUCCAGCCUUAAAUCUCUUACCAAAUUAACUUGCCUCAGUGGCUGGUUAUCGAUCAAGUAAUUACAAAUAUUAGCUUUGUUCCAGCAGAGUAACAGAACUGUUAGCACGCGAUGCUCGUGCGCAAUAUAGAAAAUGUGUUCCAGCAACAAAUUUUGCGAACUGGUAGUAACUUGGAACUUCAAACAUUAUGUUCCUGCAAGUGGAAUUUUAAAAUCGGAACGGUUUCAGAACAGUUAUUACAAUUCCAUCAAAAAGGAAGAAUUUAGCAAGUUCUGGGCAUGCGCUUUUGUGUUAUUUAUAAAAGUGGGUUAUGUUUAUUCUUUAUGUAUAUUCGAUAAAACUUUCUGUGUUCUGUGUAUAAAAUGUUGGAAAUUGUCUUGUUAAUUCGUUUAGUGUUUCUGUGAAAAAGUUAAAAUGAUUUCUGAUAUAUCUUCAUCUAGUUCCAGUUUAACUAGUAGUUCUAGUUCUUCUGACGAAGAAAAUCUACCACAACCUCGACCAAAGAAUGAAAAUUAUGUUGAACAGACUGUGCCUCAGUACAAUAAUACAGUUUUUUUGGAACAUUUUCGCGUCUCAAGAAAUGUUUUUCAAGGUAUUGUUGAACGAUUUCGACAAAGUGACCAAUUUAAUAUAGGGCAUAGUGGUGGAUUUGGCAAAUUAGAUGCCGAGUAUCAUAUCUUAGUGUUUCUAUGGUUUGCGGGUCAUCAGACAGCAAGCUUUAGAGAUGUGUCUGAUAGAUUCAAUAUAAGCAUUAGUUCUCUUUUCAGAAUUAUAAAAAGAGUAACUGCUUUUUUGAGUAAUCUAGGAAGAGACUUAAUAACAUGGCCAUCUAAUGAAGAAAAAAAUAUUAUUGAAGGCCAUUUUGAAGCAAGAGGCUUUCCUGGUGUUGUGGGCGUCAUAGAUGGGUCACACAUAAAAAUUGAUAAACCUUCUGAAGAUGCUGAUUCGUACCUCAAUCGGAAACAUUUUUUUUCUAUUCAGAUGCAAGUAGUGUGUGACCACCAAAGGAAAAUUAGGGAUAUUUUCAUUGGUUAUCCUGGAUCAGUUCAUGAUAGCCGUGUGUUUCGCACUUCCCCACUGUCAACUCAACUAGAAGAAAAAUGUGGUAGAAAUAGGUAUAUACUAGGAGAUAGUGGUUACCCUUGCACUCGGUAUUUACUGACUCCCUAUAGAGAUAGAGGUGAACUAACAGCUGUGCAGUCAAAUUAUAACAGAAAAUUGGCCAGUUCACGGUACAUAAUAGAACAUUGUUUUGGUAUACUGAAGCAAAAGUUUCGUCAACUUUACCAUGUUAAAUUCAGAAGUAUCGAGGAUAUCUGUCAUUUUAUUCGGGCAUGUUGUGUUCUGCAUAACUUAGCUCUGAAUGACGAGUUUCCUGUAGAAGAGGGCCCUAAUCUUAAUGAAGGCGGUAAUGAAGAAGUUCUGUUAGAAAUCGAAGGAGAUGGACAUUAUGAUGACAGGAAUGGUCUUGAAAUGAGAAAUUAUGUAUCCAGAAUGUUAAAUUUUUAAAUAUAUAAUUCAAAG